AUGGCUUCGCCACCAAACAAUUCAUUCUUAACUUCACAGAAUGAGGUUGACAAUGUGAAUGACAAGGACAAUACCACGCAAUUGAUGUUGACGGACCGGGACCCUGCCGCGGGCGACCUCCACUUCAACAUUCCUCCUCCUGUGCCUGCCCUCAUCUUUGACACCACUACACACUCCCAUUGGAACAAUCCCGCAACCGGUCAACCAAAGAAAUAUCCGCCAUCCAGUUGUUCACACCAUUCUACCUCCACCUCGAGACGCUCUUCCGGUUCCGGGCCUCGCAGAGGUUCAUUUCCAAAUAUCAUUCCUCCUAGUGUCACGCCACCUCCUCCGACGCAUCCUCCCAUGGAGAGAUUGACCGCUCCUGAUCUUCCAGAUUCAACCUCGAUGCCCUUACCAAUACCCGACCCCACUCAAGGAGACUCUCACCCUCAAAGUGGUCCUGAUUUUCGCUUUUCAGGGCCGUCAAGGAUGAGCCAGGCUCCCGGUUCGGCUAGUGCGGCUGCGUCCUCAGCCGAUGACUCGAUGAUCACGGUCGCUAGUGCUCAAGAUGCCCAUGUGGCUCCAUCGACUUCAACCCCACCCCAAUUUACCUCUCGCAGAAAUAAGCAAUACGUUCUUCCGGAUGGAUCGAUCGUGUCUGGAAAAGGUUUAGGUCGGGGGAGACCAGGCAUCAAACGUGGACCCCGAAAUCCAAAGUACCCAAUAGUGGAUAACACCUCACCGCAGAUGGCUUCUGUCCAUGGGGUCCUCUCGUCUUCCACGGAUCUCGGGCGUGCCAGUAAGAAGCUCAAGAGCGAGGGUUCAGAAAAUCCCAUCAUCAAAGCAAGAGCUUCCACAUCCGAAUCUGUCACCACCGCAUCUCGCGAAUCUUCGGAAGAGUACAAUCCUUCCACCACACAAACUCGAUCGGGUAGGCAAACUCAGAGGCCUGUCUCACUCGCGGCCACCACCACCGCCAGCGCUAGUCCUUCUAGAAAGCCAUCUCACGCGAGUCCGGCAAACAAUGCUACUGCGACCCCACCGGGAUCCGUCAAAACCCAUCCGAAGAUCAAGCGCAGAGUCUAUCGUGGCCGAGAACAAUUUGCUCUUUGUGAACACUGUUUACGAGGCUACGGCCCGCCAGGAAAUGUUAUCGUCUUUUGCGAUGCGUGCAACAAAUGCUGGCAUCAACGUUGUCAUGAUCCUCAGAUCUCAAAACAAACCGUGUCGGAUUCAAAAGCUGACUGGUUUUGCGCCGAGUGUGAUCAAAUCUUGCACAGUGGAAAGAAAGGGAAGAAGAUCCCGAGCAAAACAAAUUCGCCACCAGCUGCUGCGGCUCCCACCGUGGUGAAUGCACCACCCGUCUAUACGGGACCGCGUGUUGGCGGACGGACGCUCCAUUCGGAGCAAAAGUUAGGAUACCUUCAAACUCUUUCCAAAGAUGAUUUAAUGUCACUUGUCAUGCAAGCUUCAGAGCUAGCACCGGACCUGCCCCUAUUCGAAACACCGGUCCCCGCACCACAACUACCGAGCAUUCCACAGGCGCCGUUCACGUCUUCCUAUGUCACACCCGUCUCCAAACCACCUGCCUUCGCGGACUCGGAUGCGGCGAACAGUCAAGAUGCCCUUGAUGAAGGUUACGAUGGCUAUUAUGACGAACACGCCGCACUGUACCCGAAACCAGGAAGUGGAAUUAAGUUGCCCCCGGAAAGCGAAGAUCUGCACAUAUUGUUGGAAGGAAAAGACAGUAGAACUUUCAGUCACUGGUUUCGAGGCAUGCCAGGAAAGGAGUUUAGUGGAACCGGAAAUAUCAACAUGAGCUAG